AUGAUUUCAACUACACAAGCUCUCGCUUGUUACCAACAUUAUGAACCGUGCCUACACACGGCAUCGUGCCUUACUGAUGAGAAUCGGCAUAAUUGUUCGAAUGCAGGAGAGACAUACUGCUUUAAAGAUGAUGUGAUUUUGGGUCUAGCAGUUCGAGGCUGUGCUGAACUUGCAUACUGCAAUGCAACAAUAGUUUUGGGCAGCCGUUAUUGUUGUAACACAGAUUAUUGCAAUCAUGCCGGACGAGAAAUACAAAUAGCUUGGCCUAUGAUUAUAGCUAUGCUUACGGCAAUCGUCGUUAUAAUUCGAUGA